UCAGCGCCUUAUGGCUUUUGUUCAAUAGGUGUGAAAGAGUGCCAGUGCUAUUACUUUAUGCUUUAAAAUCGUUUGCAGUUGGUUAAAAAAAAAACACCAGCAUGCGUGAUUAUGGCCAAUUACACCAGGGUGGAAAAACAUCCCACCCUGCUUACACUAUAAAAGUCAAGAAGCUCAGGAAGACACGCCUCUUAGGACUGACAAACACAGGAACAGAGAAGGUCCCUUUCGUACAUGUGUGUUUCCUGGUUGGGAAACAUUCCACAUUUAUUUUCUUUCUGUGCUUACAAGAGGACUGGUACAUGAGAACUCAGCAAUGGCACAAUCUCACACAAGUUACACUAUGACAAGAGACGGAGCUGCAUCUAAGUGGUCAGAUGUAAUUAAGAACAGCAAACAGAUUGCAACAGAACUCAUAAGAACAUACCUGCUGAACACAGUCGAGACAGCACUGAAUGAAGAUGGAACGGCCUGGAGAUACACGUUUGGAAGAAAGGACCCCAACAAAAGGAACAGGACAAUCAUGAUGGUGGGAGAAACAGGAACAGGGAAGUCUGCACUCAUCAAUAUGAUGGUCAACUACAUGCUGGGGGUAAAGUGGGAAGACAAGAUUAGGUUUGAAAUCAUUCCAGAGAAAGGCAAAAGACUCCAAAGUGAAUCUCACACCAGUGCAAUUACUGCCUAUGAGAUUUAUGGGCUGGAGGAACUGUCUGUUCCCUUUUCCCUCACAGUCAUUGAUACACCAGGAUAUGGAAACACAGGUGGGCUUGAGAAAGAUAAAAUAAUUUCUGAGAAUCUGUGCACAUUCUUGAAGUCUUUAAGCGAUGAUCAUCAAAUAGAUGCAGUAUGCCUUGUGGUGAAGGCAUCUCUGUAUCGCCUCAGUCCAGACCAGAAGUACAUCUUUCAUGCCAUCCUGUCCAUCUUUGGGAAGAACAUGGAGAAAAACGUCAUGGCUCUCGUCACCUUUUCUGACUGGACGCCAGCUACAGCUCUUGAGGCACUUCUUGAGUCUGGUGUACCUGUCCUCAAAAAUGAAAACAAUGAACCUGUUCACUUCCUCUUCAACAACUCUCCUCUUCAGAAGUUUGCUAAGAAAUAUGAAGAAAUAUAUAAAACAGCCUGGGAUAAUGGAACAGAGAGCUUCAGAGAGUUUUUCGAAACUUUGGAUAAAAUGGAACCGCAAAGCUUGGGGGAGAUUAAAAAUGUCUUGAAGCAACGUCAGUGCUUGGAAGAUUUUUUCUCGAAAUUGGAGAGUCAGAUCAGGGAUGUGGAGGAGAAGCACAAGGCACUUGAGGAUGUUCAGAAAACUCUGGAAGAGCACAGGCAAGACUUGGAGAAAAAUAACUUUGAGCAUAAAUACAAUGAAGUUGUCAAAAAGAAGGUCAAAAUUGACAAAAGCAUAAUUUUCUGCUCUGAGUGUGUGGCAUUAUGCCCCCGUUCUUGGUCCAUCAGAGGCAGCAACUGUUCAGCCUGUCCCAAAAAAUGCAGCUACAAAGUCCACAAAACCAAUGAAGAAAUAUUUGUGGAACAAAAUGAAGAAAGAACUGGAACUCGUGAGGACCUGAAAAAAGAAGCUGAAGGCAAAAUAUCUGCAGCGGAGAAAGAGAUGUCCAAGUGUGAAAAGGAGUUGAAGCAUGCAGAGGCUCAGAAAACAAAUCUCAUAGAAAGUUGUUUUCAGUGCAUUCUCCAGCACAGAGACCUUGCUCUGAAGUUCGAUGCAGCUUCUACUCAAAACAUUCUCAGGCUGAUUGAAAUGCUGAAGGAGUACAAUGACACAGAGAAAGUGGAAAUGUUGCAGAAGAUUCUGGAAAACACUGCAAGAAGAGACAAACAGAUGUGGGGAAGACAUGUGUAGCCGUGUGCUUGAAUGCUUUCUUGUACAUGUUGUAUGGUUAAAAUUAUGUUAUGCACAAACCUGAACACCUGAGUGUAUUUACCAAGGAAAUCCUCUGAUGCUACUACAAACAGUUAUCAAAAUAAACCAUCAAAGGUGUAUUCAGUCAGGAUUACUUAUCUCUACCUCUAGUGGUGGAACCUGUCGUCUCCAUGGAAACUACUGAAAAGACACUCCCAGGCUCAACAGAACAAGAGUUGAGGUGUUCCGAGAAGUAAUGACAAUUAAAGCCAGAAAGCAACUGUAUGACGGGAAAAACAUAACUGUGUGCUUGACGGGUGAAAUUCUCUACUGGUUUUCUUUAUUUACUAACUUUAUUUCCUAACUGGUAUGUUUUAUCAUUUAACCAAAUAUCCUUGAAUAGACAUUGUAUUUCAUAUGUGGUGUAGUUUUAGAUUUGUAUAAUAUAUAAAGCCCUGUACCCCACUUAAAUAAAGCAGGACAAAUAAUAUUGAGUAACAAUCCUGCAGGAACUGUAAUCGGGAUGAAUAACUGCUCGGGUAGUACUUUCCGGUUUCCAGUCUCUUAUACUGUCAGCCUUCAUCGUAGGUAAACAUAACUUUGUUAACUUUGUUUGAAAUCCAGUUUUGAUCCAGUUUUAUUUACAACUGGAACUGGAAACAACAGAAAUCCUUCAUGAAAAAUAAAUGUCAAAACUGUAAUUACAUUGCUUUGUAGCCAGAGGAACACAUGGCCAUAAUUGAAAUAUUCUUGUUUUUGUUUCUGUAUUUGACAUGAAUAUUAAUAUAUUAGCUGUCAAAUUAUUUAAAUGAUUAAGAUUUAUUCAGGUCAAUGCUAUUUCAUCACAGAAACAUUUCAGUGUAAUCCAUGUUUUGCACAUUUUACACAUUGUAAAUACAUUUGUAAUUAAGGGAAAUAAUACUGCCAUUUUAAAUAACAAAUUCAUGCCAUGUUCCAGUGUGAUUUCUCCCGUAGGAUCAAUUUUUUUUUUUUUUUUCUUUUCUGAAAAAAAUGCAUGCAUUGUUGCAGGGACAUUAUUGAUCUUAUUUUCAUGAUGCCCCCAAGCGACCACUAGAGUGCGCACAUUAC